GUUUGAUGGAGUAUGGCGCUCUCGAGAGGUUUGCGAUGCUGUCAAAGGGUUUUCUCGUGGAUUCCCGUGCUUAUUAUUGCCUCCGUGGUGCUGUGGUCGUACUACGCUUACGUAUUUCAACUAUGCCUAUUCACCCUGUCAAACACGUUGGAAAAGGUGGCCUAUUUACUGGUAUUCCAUGUGUGCUUUGGGAUGUUUUCCUGGACCUACUGGAAGUCCAUCUUUACUCCUGCUGCAUCACCAUGCAAGAAGUUUCAGCUGUCAUACUCAGACAAGCAAAGGUACGAGAUGGAGGAGAGGCCAAAUGCACAGAAACAAAUUCUUGUUGAGAUUGCCAAGAAACUGCCCAUACACACUCGUGCUCAGUCUGGAGCCAUCAGGUUCUGCGACCGCUGCCAGGUGCUGAAGCCUGACCGCUGUCACCACUGCUCGGUCUGCGAAACGUGUGUUUUGAAAAUGGACCACCACUGUCCCUGGGUGAACAACUGUGUUGGAUUUUCCAACUACAAGUUUUUCCUGCUUUUCCUGUUCUAUUCAAUGCUGUACUGCAUAUACAUAGCAGCCACAGUCUUUCAGUAUUUCAUUAAAUUCUGGGUGGUAAGUGUCAUCACAAGUUGUAACAAGCAGUACAUUUUAGACCACCAUUUAUUCUGCUUGAAUAUGCUUUCCCAGGGGGACUUGCCAAAUGGGCCAGCGAAGUUCCACGUCCUUUUCCUCAUGUUUGUGGCACUCAUGUUUUUUGUUAGUCUCAUGUUCCUCUUCGGUUACCACUGUUGGUUGGUUGUGAAAAACAGAUCAACUUUAGAGGCCUUUUCAGCUCCAUUCUUUGUCAACGGACCAGAUAGACAGGGUUUCAAUAUUGGCAUACGCAAAAAUCUGCAGCAAGUAUUUGGAAAAGACAGGAGACUGUGGUUCAUCCCCGUUUUCACAAGCCAAGGGAAUGGACACUACUUCCCCUUGAAUCGGAGUGAGUGUCAGAACCCCUUACUGGCAAACGAGGAGAUGUGGGAGGAAUCAGAUGAUGCCUCUGAAGAAGGAAGCUGGGUUGAGGAUCAAGACCCUUCUGUUUCUGUAGAGAUGGAGGACUAGACAAUUGAAACUGGUGCAGAGGUUGAAGAGGAGGAGGGAAUAUGCACUGUAAAUGUGGACCUCCUUCAACUACUCUGACAUGGACUAAACAUGGAUUGCACCAGCAUUUGGAUAAUAUUUUCUUCCCAAAAGACAUUGUGAAGAAACGGACUGACAUUCGGGUGCGUCCCAUUGUUACACAGCAUUGAACUGCAAUUCCAUGUGAUCAUUUGAACUUGUGUGCUUUAGCAAAAGCAUUGCUCCAGUGUAUCACAAUUUGCACGUUCCAAAAUUACCUCAUGUUCACUUAUGCAUCUGGAGGCGGACUGAUUUACCUGGAAGUUCAGUCUUGUAACAUAUGUAGCUUAUCUUAUUUCCACUCACUUAACCUGCGCCUUACACAACUGUAUUUAUGUUGUACUGUGUUGUGGGAAUCCAUUUUCCUAAUGAAUGUAUCCAGCAGGCUGCUUCUCAAUAGACUAUGUAACAUUUUAGGUACAAAUCUCCAUUAUAGUUUUUCCACUCCAUCAUGUGUGUUUGAUAAGGCUCGUAAAUGUAACAAACGGGAAUAACAAUUAUCCCUAAAAGUGUAAUAAUGACAAAUAAUCAAUUAAGUGUCAGAUCUUAGAGUAUGAGUAAUUUUGCUACACAAACAAUCAUAUCCUGAAAUAGUGGCGGAAACAGCGUUAUUGUCAACAACAUGGAUAUGUAUGUGGGAUAAUAUAAGUAACAAAUGAACACAUCUGAGCAGCAACCUAGUGGUUGGCACAUCUGCCUCACAGUAUUGAGGUUCAGCUUUGACCUUCCUGUGUAGAGUUUGCAUGUUUUCUUCCCCUCCAGGUACUCCGGCAACGCUCCACAUUCCAAGAGCAUGCAUGUUAGGUUCCUUGAAGACUAAAUUGUCCAUAUCCAUAUGUGUAAAUGUGAAUGGUUGUUGAGUAGUCCAGAGUGUACACCGCCUCUCGCACAAAGUCAGCUGAUUAGCCAUGCAGCGAGUGCAAACUGAAUGUGUGAAUGUGUGUUUUACUUAAGUUAGAAACAAUUAGUUAUACCUUUAGCUAAGGUAUUUUUUUAUUAUAAAUGUAGGCAUAACAAAUAAAAGUACAACUAAAAAGUGCUCAUGUGAGGCAUUUACACGUUCCUCUCCCAUUGUAACAGUAACAAUUCUCCUUCGACCAGAUCAGACAUCAGCGGGUCUUGUGCCACCCUCCCACAAGCAUUUGUACAAAUAAAGGUCUCUAAAAAGAGAUACCUUGUAUACUCUUUACAGUUGAGGAAAUGUUGGAUAUUGUAUAUAUAUUGUCAUGUUUGCUGGUUUGGAAAGAAAACAAACAAACAUUACAAUAGGCACUACAAAGCUCAGAACUGAACUCAUGUCAGCAUUGAAGAGAUUUUGUGAUCCAUAGGAUGUAAAAUGGUUAAUUGGCACAAAUGUUUUACAGAGUACUGAGGUUCUUUUUAAGUAGGUGACGUUUCAUCCAAAUGUGGAUGGAGAACAUAUCUCCUAAUAUGUGAUGUUCGAAUUGUUUUGUAUCCAUGUUUUGAGUAUUUUUACAUAUUUUAUGGCAAUGUGUUGAGACAAAACAUUAUUUCAGAUGACAGUCUAUUGACAAUGAAGACAAAGCCUGAAUAUAACCAGGAUGUUUUUACUUCACUGACACUUGAUUUCAUUACUGAAUAUUUCUACUUUGUUGGACCAAUCAAAUACCACUCAUGUCCGGCAAACAGUCCCUUGUUAUUUAUAAUUUUUCAUCUCUUUUGUCUACGUUUAAUGUAUGUGAACAUAGAAACCUUUAGAAAAUGUGGAUGUUGUUUCAUGUUGCUUAUUUAUUGCUAAAAUCGUCUUUAGUGAGACAUAGCUGCUGCGGGCAGUGUCUGUAUAUGUGACAUACAGUGGGUACGGAAAGUAUUCAGAUCCCCUUAAAUUUUUCACUCUGUUAUAUUGCAGCCAUUUGCUAAAAUCAUUUAAGUUCAUUUUUCCCCUCAAUGUACACACAGCACCCCAUAUUGACAGAAAAAAAAACGCAAUUGUUGAAAUUUUUGCAGAUUAAAAAAAUAAACCGAAAUAUCACACAGCCUUUAAGUAUUCAGACCCUUUGCUCAGUAUUUAGUAGAAGCACCCUUUUGAGCUAAUACAGCCAUGAGUCUUUUUGGGAAUGAUGCAACAAGUUUUUCCCACCUGGAUUUGGGGAUCCUCUUCCAUUCCUCCUUGCAGAUCCUCUCCAGUUCUGUCAGGUUGGAUGGUGAAUGUUGGUGGGCAGCCAUUUUCAGGUCUCUCCAGAGAUGCUCAAUUGGUUUUAAGUCAGGGCUCUGGCUGGGCUAUUCAAGAACAGUCACGGAGUUGUUCUGAAGUCACUCCGUUAUUUUAGCUGUGUGCUUCGGGUCAUUGUCUCGUUGGAAGGUGAACCUUCGGCCCAGUCGGAGGUCCUGAGCACUCUGGAGAAGGUUUUUGUCCAGGAUAGCUCUGUGCUUGGCCGCAUUCAUCUUUCCUUUGAUUGCAACCAGUCAUCCUGUCCCUGCAGCUGAAAAACACCCCCACAGCAUGAUGCUGCUACCACCAUGCUUCACUGUUGGGACUGUAUUGGACAGGUGAUGAGCAGUACCUGGUUGUCUCCACACAUACCGCUUAGAAUUAAGGCCCAAAAGUUCUAUCUUGGUCUCAUCAAACCAGAGAAUAUUUUUUCUCACCAUCUUGGAGUCCUUCCGGUGUUUUUUUUUUUUUUUUUUUUUUUUAAAACGCAAACUCCAUGCGGGCUUUGCUCUGACAUGCACUGUGAGCUGUAAGGUCUUAUAUAGACAGGUGGCUUUCCUAAUCAAGUCCAAUCAGUAUAAUCAAACAAUGCUGGACUCAAAUAAAGGUGUAGAACCAUUUCAAGGAUGAUCAGAAGAAAUGGACAGCACCCGAGUUAAAUAUAUGAGUGUCACAGCAAAGGGUCUGAAUACUUAUGGCUGUGAGAUAUUUCAGUUUUUCUUUAAUAUAUCUGCAAUAAUUUCAACAAUUCUGUUUUUUUUUUCUGUCAAUAUGGGGUCCUGUGUGUACAUUAAUGAGGAAAAAAUUGAACUUAAAUGAGUUUAGCAAAUGGCUGCAAUAUA